AUGCCUCCAUUCUACGCGGUGAAGCCGGAUAACGCCCUUAAGCGAGCUGAAGAGCUCUGCCAAGCUGGUCAAGAUGAAGUCGCAUUGCAAGCUCUUCAUGAAGUUGUCCUCUCAAAGCGAUCCCGCAGCUAUGCUCUCACCAUGAUGGAACCCAUCAUGCUCAAGUACAUUGAGUUGUGCGUCGACCUUCGUAAGGGAAAGAUGGUCAAGGAAGGCCUUCAUCAGUACCGUAACAUUGCACAGAAUACGAGCGUCAACAGCAUCGAGACUGUUAUCAACAAGCUUCUUGAAUUGGCCGAGCAAAAGGUUGGCGAAGCACGUACUAAGGCUGAUCAAAUCGCUGUGGAUUACAUUGACGACUUGGAAGCUUCUGAGACGCCUGAAUCGAUCAUGCUCAGCACUGUGAGUGGAGAACAGACCAAGGAUCGUACGGAUCGUGCUGUUGUUACACCAUGGCUCAAGUUUUUGUGGGAGGCAUAUCGCACUGUGCUUGACAUGUUGCGUAACAAUGCUCGCUUGGAAACGCUUUAUCACUCGGUUACCAACAAGGCAUUCUCUUUCUGCUUGACCUAUUCGCGCAAGACUGAAUUCCGCCGCUUGUGUGAAAUCCUUCGCAACCAUUUCCAAAACAUGUCAAAGUAUUCGCAUCAACCUCAUUCGAUCAACCUCAACGACCCCGAGACUUUGCAACAAUACCUUGACGCACGUUUCACUCAAUUGAAUGCUGCCGCUGAACUCGAGCUUUGGCAAGAAGCAUUCAAAUCCGUUGAAGAUAUUCAUAUCCUCUUGACAACCUCGAAGCGCCCACCCAAGCCAUUCAUGAUGGCCAACUAUUACGAGAAGCUCACCAAGAUCUUCAUGGUCAGCGAGGAUUAUUUGUUCCAUUCUGCAGCAUGGAACCGUUACUCCAACAUUGAGCGCAUGUUCAACAAGAAUUUGACCGAUGAGGAACAAUCACGCAUGGCAUCCAUUGUUUUGCUUUCCGCCCUUGCCAUCCCUAUCAUCACCACCACCAAGACUCGUCCUGGCUAUGUCGAGGCUGAUGAACAACGCAUUCAAAAGCUCAACCGUUUGUCCAUGUUGAUGGGUCUUCCUUAUCAUCCUACGCGUACCGGUCUUUUGAAGGAGGCUCUCAACAAGAACAUUUUGUCCCGUGUUCGCCCUGAGAUUCGUGAUUUGUACAACAUCCUCGAAGUUCAAUUCCAUCCCUUGUCCAUUUGCAAAAAGAUCAACCCUAUCAUGACUAAGCUUUCCGAAGAUCCUGAUAUGGCUCGCUAUGUUCGUCCUCUUCACCAAGUCAUCCUUACCCGCUUGCUUCAACAACUCUCCCAAGUCUACACCACCGUCAAGCUUGACUUUGUAUUGCAACUUGCCUCAUUCCCUGAACCUUACAACUACGAUGCCGCCACCAUUGAAAAGUUUAUCAUGAACGGAUGCAAGCGUGGUGAAUUGAACAUUCGCAUCGACCAUGCUUCUCAAAGCUUGAUGUUUGAGACCGAUUUGUUUGCUCCUCCCAAGGAUACUGUUACUGAAGGAAUGCAAUUGCAAUCAUCCCCUGCUGAUCUUAUGCGUACUCAACUUUCUCGUUUGGGUAACCGCCUUGGUGCUGUUGCACAAAUGAUCGAUCCUACCGUCAAGGAGCAUGCCACCAAGAACAAGCAAGAAGCUCUUCAAAAGGCACUCAAGGGUGUUGAGCAAGAACACAAGGCUAUGCUUGCACGCAAGGGUGAGAUUGAGCGUCGUAAGGAGAUCAUUGAGAGCGAAUUGUCUCGCAGAGAAAAGCAAGCUGCUCAAGAACGUGCUAUUGCUGCUCAAAAGAAGGCUGAGGCUGAAAAGAAGCGUGUUGAAGAAGAGCAACGUCGUCGUGAAGAAGAACGUCUCAAGCGUGUGCAAGAAGAAAUUGCCCGUGAUCAAGCUAAGCGUAUUGCUGAAGAAAUUACCGCCAAGACCGGUCUUCAACUCAAGCCUGAGGAGAUUGAAAACUCUGAUGUCAAGACUCUUCUUGACUUGAAGGUGUCUCGUCUCCAGACUGAACAAAAGGAACUCAGCGACCGUCUCAAGCAAAUUGGCAAGCGUAUCGAUCACAUUGAACGUGCUUAUCGCAAGGAGGAAAUUCCCUUGCUUGAAAAGGACUUUGAACGUCAACAAAAGGAAGACAAGGCAUUCUACCAAGCCUCUUGCAAGGCUGAGCUUGAGACUUCCAAGGCACAACAUGAGGAGAACAUGAAGCUCAAGUCACGUCUUUCUCGCAUCCUCGAUGAUUACUUGGUCUACAAGAAACAACAACAAGAUAAGCUCCAAUCUGCUGUUGAGGCUCAACAACGUGCCGUUGAAGAGGCUAUUGAAAAGGAGAAGCAAGAACGUAUUGCCUUGUGGCGUGAAAAGCGUGAUGAACUUAUCAAACAACGUGAAGCUGAGGAAGCUGCUCGCAAGCAAAAGGAAGAGGAAGAACGAAGAUUGCGUGAAGAACAAGAACGUAAGGAAGCUGAGCGUGCUGAACAACUUGCUAGAGAAAAGGCAGAGCGUGAGGAAAUCAACAGAAAACAAGAUGAGAUUGCUCGUAAGCAACGUGAGAAGGAAGCCGAAAUUGAAGCAAGGAUGGCACAAAGACGACAAGCAUCACCAGCACCUGCUGCUGCUGCUGCUGCUUCUGGUGGCCGACCUUCUGGUGGUGCCUAUGUACCUCCAAGCCGUCGUAAUCAACCCCCUGCUGGUGGCGAUGAAAGAGAUAGCUGGCGUUCAGGUAGCCGUCCUCUUGGUGCAUCCUUUGGCAGCAACCGUGAUCGUGAUCGUCGUCCUGGUGGUUUUGAUCGUGGUGGUGAACGUGAACGUGAAGGUGGUUGGCAAACUGCUCGUCGUGGCGCACCUGGUGGUGGUGGUCGUGAUGGCGACAGUGGUGCUGGUGGCUGGAGACGUGGAGGAGGAGCAGGCCGUGGUCCUGGAUCAUCCGGUAGUCGCUGGUAA